CGAAUCCGACCCGAAAACAGAGGACGUGGCAACGGGGGGAGGCGAAGGGAACGGCGGGCGUGGCACCCGAGCCCCCGUCGCCACUCGAGCCAAGCCGCCCGACCGCGUCACCCCUUGGCACGAAGCCCUACCGAGCCUCGCUUAACCGGAUUAUUUUUAGCCGAAGAGAAGGGGGGAACUACGGAAAACAUGACUGAGGAUAAGAACGGCGUGAAGAACGGCGAGGCCAACACCGAGAUGGCUCCGCAGGAAGACGGUACCAAGGUUCCCCUGACGGACAAUGAGUGCCCCGAGGCCAAGUUCACCCAGAGUGACCCUCCCAAUGGCGAUGCAAGGAUUGACAUGGGAACUGUUCCCACCUUCUCAGGCCUUACUAAGGAAGAGCUGAUGAAGUACAGCGAUGACCCGUUCUGGGUGCGGCUGCGCUGGGCUCUCUUCAUCAUCUUCUGGCUUGGUUGGGUAGCCAUGCUUGUGGUUGCUAUUGUAAUCAUCGUGCAGGCUCCACGUUGUGCUCCUCAAGAGAAACUGGAAUGGGUUCAGGAAUCGGCAAUGCUCCAGUAUGACGUGCUGAAUGGCGUCGAUGCUGACAACUCUGGCGAUGUGAAUCCCAAUGAUGUGGUUGAAAUGGCAAAGGUACUUGGUAUGACAUCCGUUUACCUGGAAGAUUUGAUCAGCCCUCUGGACUUUGAGAAGGAGUCUGCUAAAUACGAUUCGGCAGAAAUUAAGAAGAUUCUUGAUGUUGCCAAGGAGAACAGCCUGAAUGUGGUGACUGACUUCGUUCCAUCACAAGUCAGCCCUGAGAACAACUGGUUCAAGAAUGACAGCUACAAGGACUUCUUUAUACCAAACUCUGGUGGGGAGUUCAACUUCAGCAAUCCAAACCUGAUUUCAGCUUUAACGGAAGUCCUGCGAGAUGCAUGGGUUAGCCAGGGCGUGAAAGCGUUCUUGAUGGCCAAUGCAGACACGCAGGAACUUCGAGAUGCCAGGGAUGCUAUCAACGCAGCUCUCAAGGAUGAGGUCGAUGGGGCUGUUGUGAGCAAUGUUACUGACAUGAGCAAUGAACUAGUGAGCAGCUUCAAUGCAGAGAUGUACAAGACAUUCCUUGAAGAACAUGUUAGCGACUGGACGUACUAUAAGUACAACCCCAAGGUGGCUGAAAGUAAGAUCACUCCAGAAAUGGUGCGUCUAGUGACAAUGUCCCUUUUCUUGGUACCUGGAACCCCUAUCUUGUCUGGAGUUGACAAGGAUUACCUGACAUCUCAGAAGGAAGAAAUCAAACAGCUGUCAGAUAUUAGGAUGAAGGAGUCUAUUAAAAUCGGAACCAUGACAUUUGUUAACACCACAAACGAAGAUGUCGUGGCCUUUGCCAGAGUAUUGAAGGGUACUCCAGGCUAUGCAGUAGCGGUUAACAUGAACAGCGUUAACAAUGCUACAAUCGAUUUCACAACUAUAAAAGGUGUGGAUGAGAGUGGAGACGUUAGCUUACAGGCUAACUAUGAGGAGGAUCCUGCAGACAAGACGUCAAGGGGAAAACAAGAUUUAUCCAGCGUUAACCUUGGCCCAUAUGAAGGCAUUGUGGUACAAUUUGUGCCCAACCUCUAGGCGCCCAAGAACAAGUAACUGACAGCGACCAAGACAGCCAUUCUUCUUCAUAAAGCUCGGGAUCAUAUUCCCCUGCUGGCAACUCAUAAAGGCCACACAUUCCUAUAUAAUAUGGAGAAUUGCUGGUUACUGCUGUUUCAUGAAUACGCACAAUGAUUGCGAAAAAAUCUAAUCUACUUAAUAUUUCACAUAACUGGACGUGUAUGU